CGCGGGGCUGUUGUAUUUCAUUCUAUUUUCGUGAAAUUGAUUUGCUGAGAUUGACUUUUAAUUAACCAUAUGAUACCAGUCGGUCUGUGUCAUGGUUUUUUGCUCUACUAUCGUGCGAGCUCCGAUACCCAGCAUAAGGCUCCCAAGUCACCGCGGUGCGUCUUAUUUUAAGAAUAGAACCGAUUGCGCCGUUGCUUCUGAAACCCCCUUCUUUCUCAACUCGGCGUCCAAGUUUCUUUGCAGUAACAGUCGUGUUCCAGCUGCUGCUGCUUCUCUUCUACUUACGCAAAGAGCUGUUGCUUGCUAGUGUGAAAGUGACGGUGCUUGCAUCUACGAUUUGUUAACCCGUUGUAGGAAUAAGUUUAUCGUAAACAGAAGCACCGUUAUUUAUUCCACUGACUUACGUUUCUCUACACUACUGUGCUUCGCUGUUCGUGAUUAGUCUUAAAUACUUCACGUCUGUUCAAGCAGGAGAAAUUUUGGUGAAAAUUCGGAAAGCGUUAUAGCGUGAUACUCGCGUGAUAUUUUGGGAAGACGCGAGAGUCGUGAAACUUAGAGAGGACUGCCGGGAGGAAAAAACUGGUAACGCAUCAUCAGACUGUCAGACCUGGUCAGAUGAAAUGGCUUGCCAAGAGUUUAGAAAAGAGGUAGACGCCGUUUUCCCGGAGCACAUAUCACGGCUACAUCGCGGUGCUGCCGACGGAACUUCGGGUCGGCGCAACCAGCGGAGAUUUCUGUAUCGGGAGGCACAGCCAUCAGCCGGAGCUAUUGGGCGUUAUCGAACACAGCCCGUCACCUUCGAUGAGAUCAAGGAAGUAGAUGAAGAAGUUCUGAACGAAGAGGUACUUCCAGAUGACAGCGCUGCAACGGUUGCUCAAUCAGAAGAGGACUUAAUGCAGCAAAAAUUCCAAAAAUUGAGAUUACGUCGUCGAGGCUCGCAUCGCACUGCUCGUCGACCUCUUCUCCGACCAUCCAAUAGUCAUGAUGAAUCAGAAUUUGACUGCAGUUCUUAUGCUUCUCUACCACAGUCAACUGGCACUGACCAAACUCAUUAACCACUUUUGUCUUCCACCUAAGAUGACAAUUAAUGAAAUAUACGAAUUCGUCGACACAUCUAUGUUGAGUUGAAAUCAAAAUCAGGCUCCCUUCAUCGUUUUUCAUUUCUCAUGGAAGCCUUUUUUAAAUAGCGUUCUAUUCACUUAUGGCUGUGCUCGUUCUGGUAAAAAACAUCUUACAUGACCCCAGCAUUCGCAUUCGCCAGUCAUUAAUAAACCGUGUUACUUAA